AUGCCAAAGAUCUACAAGCCAGGCAAGGUUGCCAUUGUCCUUUCGGGACGACAGGCUGGAAAGAAGGUGGUUGUCAUUCAACAGCGUGAUGACGGAACCAAGGAGAGACCUUACCCUCACGCCAUUGUUGCUGGUAUUGAGCGAUACCCUUUGAAAGUCCACAAAUCCAUGGGCAAGAAGAAGGUCGCUCGACGAUCCAAAGUCAAGCCCUUCAUCAAAGUCGUCAACUACGCUCACCUCCUCCCCACCCGAUACAUGCUUGAACUGGACAACCUGAAAGGGUCAGUCACUUCCGACACUUUCAAGGAGCCCACACAGAGAGAGGAGAGCAAAAAGAACAUUAAGAAGGCUUUCGAGGAGAGAUACCAAAAGGGAAACAACCGUUGGUUCUUCACUAAGCUGAGGUUCUAG